AUGGGUAUUGAAACUCCAUCAGAAUCCACUGACGAUGUAGUCGUCUUACCGUUUGAUAAGGACGCGCCAGCUGCCACACGUAUGGAACACGACUGGUAAGUAAACUGAAGCGACCCUUUUGUCCCGAUGAUUCUGCCUCUCAGAGGAAGUAUUUACCGUUUUUCGCUUUCUGAAUCAGCCCUGGUCUUGCAUGGAGGAAGUCUCAUAGUUAGCACAUAGUUCCUGAGCAUGACCUUGAUUUUGCUCCUAUCCCUGCUUGUUAUUCCAAAUCCCCUGCUGCCGUGUAGCUUCUGUUCUCAUGGUUGCCUGGCCCAAUUUUUCCGUUUCGCACAAGAGCGUUUUGAGGGGUGCUGUGAUUAAUUCUUGCCACCGAAAACAUUUGAUGUGUCCAAUGCUUCAUCGAAUCCUAUUUUUUGGUUGGUUCUUGCAAUUUGCUGCGCCCUAUCAUACUUCCAAAGCUCGGUCGCACAGACUGUACCUGGUACAAAACUUAUUUAUGUUUUUGUCUUUGUUAUUCUGAACUUUGAAUUUUGCUUAUGCUGGAUCGAAGACUAGAUGGAGUCGAGACAUAGAGUUUGGUUAGUGAAAAUAUGGAAAUUUCGGCUCAAUUCCACAUUUUGCUGAUUAAAAAGCAGGUCGAGCUCUCGCUCUUUCGUUCUAUUUGAAUUUUUGAAACUGAAUAUGAUCCGCCUAAAAUGCCUCAGUUUAUGGGCUCUGAUGAAGACCGUCGUACGUCAUUUACCUAAAAGUUUACCCAUCCCAUGACUUCCAUCCUGCCUUUGUUCGACCAAAGUUGGUUUGCUGGAUUUGUAAACGACGUAAAAUGACCUUGUCUAGUCGAGUCGUCACAAUUUAUUUGUUUGAACGUCCCCUUCUCGGCCGCCGCUUUGCCUCCACAUUGUCAACUAGAGCUCACUUUUAUGCUGGUAGGUUUCUCUCCUAGUAGUUUGAGCUUAUGGUAAUGUGGUAUUACUCGAAGCACCUGAGGCGUAGUAUUUUGUCUUGGCUGACCAGUUGUGUGCAUCCGCUUCCCUUUGUUAGAGUUCGCCCUGAUCUUCAGCGCUCAGUCUGCCAUUUAGCCCUCCCAUCCUAGCUGUCUUCACUUUCUAGUCCCGCCCUUUUCCUUGGACGGCGGAUUACGUCUGUGCCUUGUACCGCUGACCGGUUGUUUACGCUUCCAAAAUUGCCCUCAUCGACCCAGAUCCUGUUCUGACGGUUGCCAUGUCAUCCUGCCGUCUUCGGGCUUGUAGAUAUCUUAUGAGGCGGUCGGCUCGCCAGACCGCAGCACUUCCCACUCGAGGAACACUCGCUGUCGGUCCACGUCAGCAUUUUCGUCAGAGCCGGGAGCCUGUCCAUUUCGCAGCUUACCCACGCAGAAAGCCCUUCAACUAUCUGCCACUCGUGUCCACGUCGGGUAGGCAACAACCAGGCCAAGGAGUAAACCCACAUUCCAAGGUGUGUCUGCCACACAUUAGAUGUAGACUUUGCGUCACAUCAGCCACUGCGCCUAAUGCCUUCUACAGUGGGCUUCAUCUGGAGCUAGUGAACUCUGUAAAAAAGAUGAACACGCGAUCUCUGGGACAUUACGCGUAUUAGUCUGAGCUUUCGGUCUCGUACAGGAGGUCAUCGUCGGACUGUGAGAACGCGGUUUUUGCAGCCAAACGAUGAAGAGGGGAUAGGCGUUCAGGGCAUGGUGUUCACGAUAAGGUUGAGUCCACGCCGUCUCACGGCGACGUGACUGUGUGCACUCUCGGCUGGGAAUUCGGUUUCGCGGGGGCGGAGCGCGUGAUAGCAUGGGGUUUAUAUUAACGUCCAUCCGUAGGGAACUCUGCCCAGCUCCACUUCAACGCCUAAUUUUCUCGCCAUAAAUAAUCUAACACGCCCCAAAAUUUGAUGAUAGAUAGAGCGGGAGAGAAAUGGAGUUCGGACGCAUCGCUCCACAUGAACGCCGUAGCAUCACUCUCUCGCCGUCCCUCCUUCCCCUUUGCAUUUUUUCCCCACCGACCUAGAAGCGUAGCCGAGCCAUCACUUAUUUACUUCUCUAGCCCUCACUGGCUUAGUGUUUCUGGUCACAGUGGCGACAUGACACCGCUUGGUUAUGUAUGCAUUGAACAGUAGUCCUGAUCGAGCAAGAGUAUUGAAGUCUAAUGAACCGUUUCACAACUGAUCUUGUUUUUCUUUUAGUACCUACCGGACAAUAAUAUUCUGCCAGCAAUUUAACUGUCUGUCUAAAGCCCAUUUUCCUCGAUGUAGGAGUAUUACUGAUGCCGACAUGAGACCAGAAUACGGUUACUGGCUUCUUUAUCGCCAUCAGUUGUCCAUAGUGUAACGUAACGCGAGUACCUGUGACUUAAACCCGCGUGCUCUAGGCCCAGAACUCCAAAACAAAAUGAAACUUCCCUCUCCGUCCUAAAACCAGGAUAGAUCAACAAAUGACAACCCCAUGUAACUCAAUAUUUCCAAUCACGGCUGGCACAGUGGGGUUCUAACUUAGAAAUGCGCGAUGAUAAAUUACUCGGGUUCAAAUCUAAGGCGUUGAGGCAUGAUCGACUGACAACCGCAGGUAAACCAGAAAUAGCAACUCCAUCUUCCCUUGUCUUUGGCGGUAUCACUUGUCGACCACUGACUGUCCGUCACUAUGCGACCACCUGUGAGUACUUUGGGUUCGAAGUUCCAACUUCCAUUAUCACCCUGUUAUCUGGCUGAAUCAGUAAAUGCUACUCCCAUGUGAUUUCUGUUGGGCAGGAAGUUGCUCUUUUUGGCGUCACUGACCCACUGCAAACCUCAUCAGAGCUCACGGAUCAUCCAAAGCCCGGCAAAGUUUCGGCCCACAGAACAGAUAUUCCAUGGGGCGGCUUGGUAGAGAGACGAUUUUCUGUAGCACCUGAUGUCAAAUAUGGGCGUCUUCACCCACCGUCCCAGAACAUCAGUUUGAGGCUCCAGGAUUAUGUCAGACGACGGCCGAAACCUCAUUGGGCGAAGGGGAACAUUCGUCAUAUCGUAAUGUUGCUGUGGCUUGGGACCUUUCCGCGUGCAGCUGCUGCAUUAUUCGCCAAACCGGAAAGUCUGAUUAUCUCGCAGCAUAUCAUCCUUGAAGGCCGUUCCGCUUUCUACCCGCUGGACGCACGAAAACAAUUUACAAUCAGGUUAUCUGUCGGGCUCCGUAUUCCUGAUAUUCCUGUCGUCCCUUGACUCUUAUAUGGUUCCCAUUUUCUAACUCAAUAUCGUGUUGUUGCGCCAUUUGCAUCAUUUUCGGGUCUCUCCCUUGCUUUCAUUCUCCUCUCUUUAAUCCAUUCGACGCGUAUCUUUAAUUUAUGUCUACGCGUGAGCCCUAGAAUCUGGCUAUAAAACUCACUUGGGAACUUACCGAUGGCCUCCAGGAUAGCGGUUUCUCAUGGCAACUGUAUGUUGUUCUUUCGUAUACGCUUAUUUGCUCCCUAAAAUCAGCCAAGGCUUAGAUGCGUUGGACAAACACAGGGGCUACAUCGGACUCUGGUGGGCGUUAUCAGGAAUGCGCACCCAUAACAAAUUCCAAUACUCGGGGUGCAGUGGCAGGCAUACUUGCAGGCUCACUCCGCGCCAACUAGGAUCCUUGCCGCCUCUACUUUUGUUGUUGUAUGAAAUCCUGGUCAAGUGUUUGUUGUGGACCAGGGGGCGUUGUGGUACGCCUAGGUGCGGUUUUGCAGUGCCAGCCACCUGCGGCUUCUUCCGCCUCCGGUCUACUUGAUUUAGUCAUGACACCGGGCCCAGGUGGGAGAGGAGGAAAGAAUGCGGCAGAUGCAGCGCAAGUCCACUAUCACAAUAAACUAAUUCACACGCAGAUCAUCCUCCUUACUAUCACCCUGCUGUGGAGCCUAUAGUAGGCAAAGUCGAAAUCGACGUCUGAACUGUUGUCGUACAGGCUUUGUAGCUUUGUACGUAAUUUACAGGCUACAGGAAGUAAAUAGUCGGUGACAAGCAAACUGGACGUGUGCGCACCUUUCGCCAAUCGUCCUAGUUGAUUCUGGAACUUUCUGUUAUCUGGGAGGGCGGACACUCCUGGAGUGUGAGACUUAUAUCUUGACCUAGCUGUGUACCGUGUUUACAGGUGCAGUAGUAAAACGGACUACAGCGCAGCCCGGUAGCAAAACGAACGGGCUCUUGGAUCAUAUGGACAAACCUCUGUAAAACCAUUAGCGGCAGUGCUACCAGGACGUAAACAGCGGAGACUUGACUCGGUGACUUCCCCCAUAAGAUCGCAUUUUUCUCUGAUGACAACAUCAUGACACUCAUGAGCUACCAUUAAAUAAGUUCUUUUUUGAUACCACUACCUUUCACACUGGUUAUCCAUGCAAAAGUCCACUUUGGAACUUAGGAAACAUAACUUAUACCAAGAUUAUGAGCAUCGAUGACUUUGAGCCCAAGACGCGCGACAGUGGUCGAAAAUGACUGAGAAGGAAGCAAAUAUUUGUGCUUUUUCUCUUGGUCGUCUUUUAGUUUCUUGGUCUCUUUCCUCGUCGACGCACGCGGCGGAUCAAUGCGCGGCAGCCGACACGCGGGCCUCCGUAUUCUGGUGCCUCCCAGUGCUGCGAGCGCCCCCACACGGGUCACCUGCCGAAUGCUGCGUCCUGAGCGAACUGCUUCGCCACCACAACUCAACGAUGGCGAGGGUCUAGCCUGCCGGUAUGGUCAAGGACGUUGCAUGACUUACUAUCUCUCUCCUGCUUGGACGCCCUCCGGCUUGAUCCGAUUACUGGGUUGUCUUCUUGCACGCUUUCGGCCGAAUCUCAGUCAAGUUGACCAAUUUGCAUACGCUGUCUUACCAGCUCUAUCAUAGCCGUAACUCAGGUCUACCUUCAGUAGAUUACCAAGGAGCCCAUAUAUCAGAAAUGUUACAGUUCUUGCGGACUUUAAGACAGCUUUAAGCUUGUGUUGCAAAUUAUUCCUCGCAUAAGUCAACCCUUGAUGUCAUCUGAAAGACUGGAUGUUGUUUGAUCAACUAUUUUGCUCUCCAGCAUUGACAAUUUCCUCCUCAUGUUCCAUUACUCUUCAGCAUCAUCGAAUUGGGCCCUCACCCCUGCACCUUCAACAGUCCUGUGCUUUUGGAGAUACCACAUUUCGCCUCUCUUCGUGGGCGGCAACGCGAGAUUGUUGUCCUUCGCAGUGACGAUGCGGAAACUUGGAAAGAACACUCAUUGGAGGCUUCGGAUCAGGCCGUCCGACAAGCUCUUGGGCCUGCCUUUGGUAAGUUCUAUUCGCCUCUCAUGAUUAGCCUACGCCAGGGCUUGUUGUCAGAUCCAUCCCCUCCCCCACAGAUUGAAAUUUACAGUAAAUAUGCUAUCUCGUGAAGUAGUUCCUGAAAUUCUGAAAUAGGUUUUCGCAUAGGGGAAUUUUAUUUCAAUAGGGUUGUAACGUUCAUCAUUAUGCAGCAUGAUCCCAAUAUACUUCAGUCACGUCAGGAUGCUGGCUUUUGAAUGAGCUCCUUCUCGGUUGCGGCAUGCGAUGUCGGACUCGUUCAUACGUGGCGCAUGUGUUGAUGGGGAAACGCAUGUUUUCAUAAAGGCUCAUGCGAUCGAGUACACCUAUGCUAUGGCUAAGUGUGUGAUGACAGCGUGGACAGUCGAGGCGAUGACGACAGGUGUAUUCCGGUGCUCCAUAUACUGGUUCGUUAGUCUCUGUAUGAUGAAUUCGCGAGUGACUGACCAGGCCGAUGCGUGUUAUGCAUGUGCGGUGGCAGUGGGAGCAGGAUGGCUUGGAAGCUGCAGAGUCGGUUGCGGUGCUGAUGCUCCCAUUGGUGGUCGCGCUGGUUAGUGCGGAGUUCAUAGUGCUGGAGAUGGAAGAGUUGUCGGAUGUGCAUGGCGUGCUUGGUUUGUCGACAUUGUGGUGAAUUCCGCCAUUGUGGAUACUUAUAUGGCCGAAUGUGCCCAUGCAGUGAGUGAAUGCGCGUGGACAGUGCGGACAGUGAAAGCGUAUGCGGCGACUGUAUGUCGGGACUCCUGGCACUGGUUCGUUGGCUAUCGUGCGAUGAAUUCGCAAGUAACCGACCAGGCCGAAGCAGUGAAGACAUGUUGGGACCGAGUUCACAUCGCUAGUGAUGGGGGCAGUGGUGUUGAGGGUAGUAAUCGACGGGGCACCGGGAGUGCUCUCAUCACUGGCGGGAGUGGGAGAGGUAGUGGUCGUCGUCGUCAUCGCGGAGGCUGUGCCAGGGAUAAUGGGGGUUGCGAGGAUCGACAGCGGCUGGGCAUCAGGAGUGUGGUCACCGGUGGUGCGGGUUGUCGUCGUAGAUGCCGUGGGGAUUUAUGCAGAAAUGGCGAUAGGGGCUGUUUGUGGCGGCGGCAGGGGGAGGGUUUUGGGUCCGGAUAUGUCUGACGAGGCCGAUCCUCGCGCGGAUUGUUCGUUAGUAGCGUGAACAUGUUGGAAGGGGUUGGGUGUUGCUGUUGUGGAUUGGAGGCACUUCAGACUUGCGAAUUGUCCUUUUCUGCUUUCGCAGCGGCCAUCCGAUGGGCACCGUAGAUUGCCGCUCCAGUCUUCACUGCUCUUCCCAGGCCAGCCGGUACUGAGCGAGGUCCUCCCAGGUCUCCCUGUUGAUUCGCAAAUGCCUGAGAGGGUUAUUCAGGGUGUCAUUGUAAUGUUUUUUUUAAAGACACUCUGCCCAAUGACUGCAAACUUUAUCUUCUCCUCUGUGCCUACCAAGGUUUCAGAUCACAGAUAAGUUUUCGAGUCCGAAAAUUUGCCGUCAAUCGGAGAAACUUUUCGCAGAUUAUGGAUCAUAAGAUUGGCUUAUCAAACUGUUUGAUCACACACUCCGCCUACCCGAAGAUAGUCUACGGUGUCAUCUUUCUGAAUCCCUCUGGGGGUUGUCAUCACUUUGUGUUGGGCAGCUGAAGAAGUAGACAGAUGUGAUUACUCCGUACUCAGGAAAGAAGUUGGACCCGAAAAUCUUCAGGCUAAUCAGACUAUGCACCGACGUAGCUGGGUUGGGGAAACGCCCGCCACCCUUAUGAGUUAGCUCACCAGUCGGUUUGUUCAACACUGUGUGACCGUCGUUUAGGCCACUGCAUUGCUAUGUUACGGGUGACCGCAAAGUGAAAGUGACACUGUGUAGACGAACAACCUCGUGCAGUGGGAAACCCGAACGACUACCGCUUUAUUAGUGCACCUGCCAACCAACUAGUUAGUCAACAUCGCAAACUACCCAGGGCCUUCGCCUGAUAGAGUAGUUAGCACACCAGAGAGGUGAAUGUUUACCUUAACAGAGGUUUGUUUACCCAGAGUGGCAGGCACGAGCUAAGUGAACGGGGCUGGCCGGUGAUACUAACCCGGCUUCAACAGAAAGUGAAACCCUUGUCUCGUCGCCAAUGUAAAAUAAGCAAGAAUCAGGUCCAGGAUUUAAUCCUUUAUUCGUUUCGGGGGGACCGGAAAGGUGGUGUCCUUCGCAACCUAGCACACACGGAACGCCUUGGAGUUGAUCCGCACAGCAGAUGCGCAGACCACAGCAGGUCCCUAGCGAUUUUUGCCUACGUCCACCUGUUGUCUGCCGUAAAAAGCCUAUGUUCCGAAAAUGGUUAUUUCUUGCUGGGCACUUUGUUAGACACGUUUUAUCGUCGAUGCUAGAAACGCUUCGUUCGUCUGACACCGGCAUCUGGUAAUCACUUGAAUCGCUGCAUGCAAGUAUCAACGUUUCACCCAUUUCUGGUUUACAUUUGUUGAAGAUAGCUUUAUUGGUAAAAUCGUAGUUGGUGGCCAGACAUUAUACGCUGAUACUGUCGACGUACGUACUUGUUAUCAGUAGGUGUGCUUACCCUGUCUAGGGAACUUGUUAUCAGUAGGGUGCUCUUACUGAGUUAGGCAGCUCGCCCGUUUCGGUCAGGCUGUCGGGUUUAGUGAGGUUUUGGAUUAGGCGUAGGUUACGUUUUAUGAUUAGAGUUUGCGUUUUAGGGUCAGGUUCCAGUGUUAGGGUUAGGAUUUAGGUUCCCGUUAGGGUUACGGUUAAGGUUAGGGUUGGGGGUAGGCUUAAGGUCGGGACUAGGUUUAGGAUUGGGUUAGGGUUAUGGCUAGGUUCUGGGUUAGCUUUGGGUUUUAGGAUUUUGGUUACGUUUCGGUUUUGAGGCUUAGGUUUAGGCUUUACGUUUGCGGUCAGGGUUGGAUUUUACGGUUAAGCGUAGGGUUUAACUUUCUGCCAUUAUUCCAGCUACUGAAAACUUUCCAGCACUUUCCCUGGUAACUUUACUUUUAUCCAGAAUCUCCAGUAUUCCUCUACCAGCCCUUUAACUUACCCCACCUAUAUAACCCACUUUCCCACCGUUUCCGUACGACAGAGACCUGGCUGUCCGCUUGCCCAUUCCUGGCUACCAACUGCGAUCUAGCCGCUUUAUUUUCUAGUUAAUCAGACACCGGCAGGGAUCGUAAACACGACCGCACCAAGAAAACCCUAGGCGGAGGUCUGUAUAAUAUAGGAACCGUGGUAACAGGAUUUUUCGGGUGGGUCAUUGAGAAAACAGCGGAAUGUGUCGACACUCAAAGCAAAAAAUAAGCAAACCGGAACAAACUAGCCUGUUUGUUUAAAUGAGUAAAUAAAUCACCACAGAAGAAGCGCGCAGUCCAAAAUGGCAAAAGUUAUAGCCAGCGGGACUAAAGAAAUACACAAGGAGAAUAGGCAGAAUGUUAUGGCCGACAAAGACAAGGGAAACUGGAAUAGCCAUUUCUGGCUUAUUAGCCGCCGUCAGCCAGUCGUACCCAACCCCGUAGUGUGGAACACCUGGAGCACGAUCCCCCCCUGUAUUACAAGUGGCCUUGAGUUAAAUUCCAAGGGGUAUCUAUUCUCAUAUCCCAACUUGAACCUUAACCCCUCCCUCUGAAAUUUAGCGCCAGACCAUCUUUAGUGCGGUUGCUACUUAUUUGCGCGUCCUACCCUUUCCGGGAAGAUAGGUGGGCAUUCGGCGCGAAAUAGGGUAACGGUAUAGAGAAGAGCCCCACCUAACUGCCAGUAGGCUGUGGGUCGUGCUAUACGUGAUUUAUAGUAAAGGGAAUUUUAUGGGCUAUUGUACGACAGCAGAAAUGAGAGUAGUAAUUAAACAAUAACUAAAAAGUAAAUUUCACAAAAUAACGGAUUUUAAGUCAAGGUGUGUGCGGUCGUGGGAAGUAAUCCUUUUUGGCAGCGUAAUUUCUGCAACAGCCUGCAAAUGAAUGCCAAGAUAAAGCCCAUAUGACACGACCCACAGUCUACUGACAGUUAAAUGACGUCCUUCUCUAUACCGUUGCCCGAAAUAGUAUUGAAAUUUCAUCGAAAUAAGAAAGUGGGAGCCCGGAGCCCUCGUCAGCCAGCCAUAGUCUAACCUCGGAUCUUUAAAAACCGACCAUUCUAGGCAUCCUUGCCUCCGUAGGUCAAAUUCCAUCGUUGGUCGCUCACCGUUAUGUAACCAUCUCUGAUGGUCCUAGGCCGAACCUCCACAAAACGAAACCCUUGUAUUUCCUAACGCAAUAUGAGGGCCACCCUUACUGAACUUUUGAAUGCGUAUUCUUUGGUGCCGGGCAUAAUUGUCCGAUUUAAUUGGGAGUAUUUGAGCGACAGACUGCAGGAAAUCUGUGGCUGCAGUUUAGAUAUUUUCUAUCGUUUGCAGUUGACGACAGCCGCUUUGUCGCCUUAUUAAGUAAGGCCCGCGAACCUGAGGUAAUAUUGGUGACAAUCUGAUCCCUUUACGACUCCGGUUUUGCGCCCACCGUUUUAUCGUUUUCCAAUUGCUAUGUGUCGGCGCAAUGCCUUAGUCACUCAUAAUCUAGUCAUUUAGGCUACACCAACACCUUUUGUACGGGGCACAUAGCCAGAGCCGAUGAUGACUAUAAUAGCUAUUGUCUUUUGAUUCAAAAUAAUCAUAGUGACUGCGAGCACGUGUUUUCCUACUUUCGGCCAGCAAGAACAUGCACGGAAAAGUCCCAUUGUGGUGGCGUUCACCAAUCUGGCGUGAUGAAGACAAAUUGGCCAGAAAUUAUCAGUCUUCGCCUCAUGUCUUUGUCUGUAAUGGCACUCUGUCAUUGAUUACAUUUUGCCAUGCCAUCGACUGUAAGGGCUCUAUGCCAAAGACCCGAGCCAAACGGAACACCCGUCUAUGUCUUGAAAUUAACCCGCAUAAGUGAACGUUAUCUCCACGCUUUCGUCAUCUCACUCAAUAUAGUGUGAGCGUGUAGCUUGACUGGUUUGCCGCCAAACUCAACAACCAAAAUCUCAGACCUAAAGCCACCACUGACAUGGAGUUUGGAUACGACUGACUAACAACUGCAAAUAAUGCGGAAAUAGUCAACUUGGUUUCGUUGGUGAUGCUUGUCCAGGUGAUAUCCGCUGCUAUUGCCAAUUGACUGUUUUUUGAUCCGGUAUGAUCCCUACCGCUCGACAAUUUCAGCUACAUGAAAAUAUAAGAAUGUGUCCCGUGAGUGUUCAAUGAAUUUUGUAAAGUCUUCAGUGGCGACACAAAGAUGAGAACACCCGCCGGUUUCCCUAACUCUUAUGACGCACUUGUGAGGACUUUGGUCCUUGCCAUAGCUUGCCAGUUGCCGUCUUUGUGUCCUACUCUUCCGAUUUCAUAUCACAGAUACCCUCGAGACGGCUGAACAGCUGCGUGAGAAGCGCAUAAUCCGCAUCCUCUUGACUGACUUCCCUCAAUACCUCGCUGUGGUGAGCCGUCUACGUCAGGAAAUAGCUAUGAUCGGGUCGGAUGGCGGCGUAUUAAGCUCAACUGUGGUGCCCCAGGUACAGGCCGUUUUUCCCGAGGGCACCCUCCAGAAAAGAAUUCGUGUUGGACUUCAGGUGCGUGGCCAUGUGUUGUAUUCUAUCUCCUCUCUCCUGGUCACUUCAUUGUCGUCUCCUACUAUUAUGUGUACCACGUUGGCCUUAUUCCCGUUGUUUAAGUCCCUCUGUAUUGAUGUCUGUUUGUUAUAUUCUGUCGCCGGUCACGGUAUAAACUGUAAGAUGCACCGUAAUUGUGAAACUGUUUUGCUGCAAAUGUAGCGAGUGCCACUUUUCCCAUGUUUUGUCACGCUUUUUUCGCCACUGUUGUGAUUACAGAAAUUUUUUUUCGGGAACUGAUGCCCUCCGUAGUCCGUCCCUCAAGAAAUGGAGGCCGAAAUUUGUUUGAUUUGUAAAAUAAGUGUAGGGCGUUUCGCCACUUGGGUUGUCUGCGGCCAGCGUUCGAUGCACUUGCAAGCCCCUUCGCUACUCGUUCGGCCUGCGCAAAGUCUUCGUAACACAACUUAGCUUAAGACUGCGCUACUUUGGGCGCUCGACGAGCUCUGUUGUACUUUGCCUUUGCGGUAGCACAAAGACCCUAACCCUCUAUUCAAAACACCUAGCCGACGCAGACCCUCUUUUGAAUGUUGAUGAAGUCCUCCAGACCGUCACUUAAAGUCUCCCUCCGAACACGCAUCACUGUGCCAGCAGAUGCGGCGGCCAUGUUAUGAAGAACGCCAGACUUCUGCGCUCCGAAUUCCGUGCAGGGCUUUACGGUAGGUGACCUAACAGUUGAAAGGUGUCGAAAUUUACGAUCGAUUGCUAAUCACACACAAACCGACACCAAUGCGUGGACCCAAUAUUUAUAUUGAUAAAUAGCAACUUUAAGGGAAUGUAAAAUAUAAAAGAAACAUUAAAUGCAGUAUUGCGUUGCUUAGAAAUACCGAUGUUUUGAGGAAACGCGCAAGAUUCCAAGGAUGUCAAAAAUGGUUGUAAUUUGGCAAACUCCAGUUUUCGAUGUACAGAAGGCCUCUCCAUGCAAGAAAUUGGGAAAAUAUGACUAAAGUCUUUUAGUGAAGUUUACAUUUAAAUAUCCGUUAAGAAUAAGCAUAUUGCCAGGGGUGAGAGGGCCUCCCAGACAACGUUAUCGCCCGCCUGGUAGUCCUAUAGUGUUCUUUCUUCAAGUUCUCGUUUUCUAGUAUUCUGGGUCGUUUGUAGCGUGACUAUAUUUCCGGAUGCACAUGAAGAGGGUAGUCAUUUUGACGGAUUGACAUCCACGCGUGGAGCCUAGCAACCUGCAAUAAUCAUGCCACUCUGACUGUACCCGGCGUCUAGGUCUAGUCGAACGCUCCACUACACUCUGCUGAACACAAGAGUCACACCUCCGCAGCCGUUUCGACUGGUUACCGAAGCUGAAUGAGACUUACCGACGUGACUCUCAGGUGCUGUUGAAUUUGCUCCUGAAACCGAAUUUGUUUGUGCAUGAGAUAGCAAUUUUGUUGUGGUACCCGCAUACAGACGCCUUAUCCCUGGACAGUUACAGCCUCAACUUUCGAAUCCAUGUUCGAAGGUGGUCAGUGUGGAACGAGAGGGUGGGGUCGAUUCUGUGCACAUUCUUCUCGUGUAAUCCAAUCCAUGCGUAAGUCACGACCCUCGCCCCGCUCAUGAUGGUCAUCGACCAAUAAGCUAUCGGAUCGGGGGGGACCUGCCGUGUCUGGUUUAUCCGGUGAUUUGAUAUCAACGUGAGGGUUGCAGGAUUUUAACACUCACAACACUCGCUUUUGCCGCCUCGUAGGUGGUUCAAAUCGGUCGUUUCGAGUGUUUCCUCAUCGAUGUAGAGUUAGAGAACCUAACUCGUACUUGUGACGGAUCCAUAACCAGUUUAACCUGCCCCACGUUGUAGACUCGAUACAUAAAGGACGGUCGUUCUCCACUAGUUGGUCGACGCCAGACCUCCGAAUGAAGCUAAACCAGUUGGCAUGCAGCCCCGAACACCGAUAUGCGCCCGAGGUCCUCUCACCGCGUUCAACCGUGUUUUCAGUUGGCCACUUCUACCCAGCCGCCAGCCAUGGCCAGGUAAGGGUGAUCUUGAGACUGGCGCAGCACGUGACCGAGGCACCUUAGUCGGUGGGAAAGGAUGGCGCAGUUGAGUAGUUCUGUUCGCGACUGACUGUCUAAUCGUUCGUGAAAUACGCAAUCAAAGAGGCGGAUACCGUGAACUGGGUCAGGAACCAUUAGUAAAUUCUAGGUGGUUUAUCUCUUGAGUAUACGAUGCAUCUGUUACGCCCACUCCGAAGAAUUGUCUUAACAGAAGCCUCGUAUAUUUGCGGUUAUGUCUUCUAAUUACUCGCCAAUCCCAGGGACUUUGAUGGAGUCGGCCGAUGGCUGUGUGGCCAAUACCUGUGAUAUAUGAACUGCCGCAGGCGACCAAGUGGAUCACUGUCGAGAGCUGGACGCAGCUGUGACUUGCACUCAAAUUUGUUUACAAUAGAGUGGAGUUUUGCAGCAUCCAGCACCUACUCUAUUCGGUUUUUUGUUUGAAGAAAUGGGUUUCACUAAAGACAGCGGUACCCAUAUUGCAUCAAGCGAGUUGGCAAGCGACUGUCAUCCCCAUCAAUUUGUUGACCGUUGGGUUGUCUAGAAGUGAACAACCAUUCCACUAUGUCGAAGUGAACAAAGUUGCCCUGGCAGUGGAGGCAGGGGGGGGGGGUGAGAGCGAGGGUUGUUUUGUUAAUUCUGUCUCGGAGGCAGGAGGCGGAUGGGAACGAGAAUUGCUUUGACAUAUUCUAUCUCGACUGACGUUCACGGUCAGUUGUUAUAGCACUUUCUCUACCCCUCUCGGAGGAGAGGAGAGUGAGACCGCAAGAUAUCUACGGAGUUGGGAAAUAUACACACCGAAUAACCUCAUACGGCUUAACUCGCCGGUCAACGAUGCCUACCGGGAUGUGACCCUCCUACGGAGCCCUGCUUCUUGGAGCAAUAGAUGAGAGCUUAAUCCCAGGAGGGCGAUGCGUUCACCAGGGUCCUCCUAUGUGUUUGACAAGAACCACCAGUACAUUACCGUGGGCGGUCAACCGGACGUAACGCGAUAAUGCCAAUUCCCAGACCCUGCCACGCCUGAAUCCCAGUCAAGAUUCUUAAUGCACAGACCACCGCUUGCCGUUGCAUCUGGGUGGUCUGCCAACGUAUGUUUAAGGACAGUCUUUCCCCCUAAAUGAUCAGGGUCAGUGAGAGGACGCGACUCUGGCUAACGCUGAGCUUGGCAUAAGGGAAGUCAAUUUCCCCGCUAUUGACACAGAAUUCGUUCCUUUUUCUGCGAUGCUAGACAUUACUCAAGUGGACUACUUUUGGCUGCAUACCGUCGCCCGAUAUCACCGAAUAGGUUUGGUUCUCCAGCCCCACUUGAGGUAUAUUAUACUGUUUAUCUACUGAAUUGGUUUGAGUAGACGUGACUAUGUUGAAAUUGUAUACUUUGAAAAGGCACUUUUGAGAUAUGUGUUAAAUGCAUUUACCAGGUUACGUCAAAGGCACAGUGCGUACCAAGUGCUCAAUGUACUUGCACCUCGUUCCCGUUCUGCCUACACUCUCCUUUUUAAAGCUCUGGCGUGUCCGAAUGCCUCACCCGUGAAAACCCUAUUACCACCAUACAGGCAAUCCGGUUUUAUCCAUUUCCAGUGCGGCUGCAGGACCAAGCUGAACCAUCGAGUUCAAGCGACUCCGACGGCGGAAGCCAGAAUUAAAGGCAAUAUCCACGAAAUAGACUAUGAUGGGCUGUUCGUAGCGACUGCGAUGUUUAAGAAUUCAACAAAAGCGGAAGCAUUAGUUAGAAAAAUCCCCAUCUAGACUGAGAAUCACUUCGAUUAUUUCUCGCCCACGCAUGACAGUACAACCGCAAGCGCUUGACGGCAAUGACCAUAAAGACUUUCGGCAGCGUCAGGGAGUCUUCUACCGAAGAAAUUUACGCUUUUUUCCGGUUUGGCAGUCGCGUCAAGGAUCUUUUCGAUCGAUAGUUGAUUGUAAUCGCAGACAUAUUUUGGCGCCCGCGCGUCAUAAAACCGGAUGGCAGGUAAGAUAGCCGAGUCUGCUAGUUCAGAAGCUGGGCAGAGUGCUUCCUCCACUGAAGUGUCGCGUCCGAAACGGGUCUGAUUACUAUACUUUGGCCGUCCCUGGUGGUGGAAGCUGGCGGAUACAGUCAGAUACAGUCUUCUCGCAUUUCAAUUAGUUGGAGCUCGUGUGUCAACGCAGUCCUCUGAAAUAUGGAUCACUACGAAGACGAACAGCCCUUAGAUUAUCAACCAGUCGGAUUGUCUCACGGGUAUUUAAUCCUUGCCACGAUGCCUGCUGUUGUCUAACACUGUUGUAGAUGUAUUCUGAAGAAUGCGCUUUUUGCUUCAGUAAAAGCCAGUUUUUGUUCUAAGAGGCCUCCUCAGGCGUGGUUUCUGUCUGUGUCACUGACAAAGCGAUUGCGGUCAGCCUGACUAAGUAUGUGGAAAAGACAGGAUCCUGUGGGCGGUCAGCGUGGCAUUCUUUCAUAGGUUGGGUCCUUUCGACACAUAAUGUGAUCCGCAACGGAGUCCUCACAGGAAUAUCCUCGGGGUCAUUCUCACUGUCGCUGUCCGUACCACGUACCGCGCGGAAGUUUAGCAUUGAGUUUACCCAGCGUGCUCGGCAAAGUAUGUUGUCGAUUUUAUUUUGAGGCGUAUAGCUGUUGGGGAGUUCGCCUUGCGUCAAGGUUUUGGAAUGGGUUACUUUGCGAUGCAUAUUGCCGAGCUCGCGGAAUAACCGUCAGGCGCAACAAAUGUCAUCUCUCACGUGCACUUCCCAAAAGGUGAUCCCUUCUUUCUGGAACAAGUUUUUUGGUCACCCAUAUUUUUAAACAGCUUUGAUCCGUUUGCGGGUAACUAUCUAAAAUUUUGGUGAUUGGCCUGCGUCUGAUGUUGUGGUGUUAAUUACCGUCUUACGAUUCCUAUUACAUGCGCCCCACGACCACACCUCAAGAGUGGGCUGCUCGAUUUAAGGAUUCUUUUAGUGGACAGCCAUGAUGGCUACGUCGCGCCUCUCGCUAGCGCCUGCACCUACGUCCUAGCGACAGCCUGCUAUGGCACGCACGUCUGCCCGGCUUCGAUUUGUCUCCUUGCAAUUCACUGUCUGCACCACGCAUCUGGUCGAUACUCUGCCUGCACCAUUCGAGGCUUGCCACUGCCCUCGCGUGGGCUCGGAGCCAAUCAACACACCUCCUAUCACUGAUUGGUAAGACAGGCGGGAACAGUCCAGAACAAUAGAGUAGACAAUCUGCAACAACACUUUUGCAGCGGCGACCUUCGGCGACACAGGGCUCGUCGCUCUCGCUGAUGUCGCCUCCGGGACGCCGGACGCAUCCUUGUCCGGUUGCCAACGUUCCCCUUCACUAUUCUGUCCUAACCAAAUGACGUCCUUCUUCUUAACAACUUGGGAUAUGGCCUGAAGUUGUGGCGUACUGAGCGUACACCAUCGCCGCUUAGCCGCUACAUUCUCACUGUGCGCGUGGUAACCUGAGGGUCUAAAUCUAUUUGUUCUGACGACACCUGAAAUUUGUGUCGUCAUGUCUGCGGCCUUCAUCGGUUCUUCCCGUACUCAAGCUGACGCCAGCCUAUCCGCGCGGCCACAUUGUUCCUGCCAGCACAGCAUCGAUUACACUGGAACGCAGGCUAACCGCCCGCAGCUUUUGUGACAACCAACGAAACUAGCAUAUAGGAUUAUCAGCCAUGGUCAACGUCUAGUUGGACGGACAGUCCUAAUCGUUUGGCCUUCUGAAAUGAGCUGUAGACGACCGGAGAUGGGCGCCGUUGUUGGCGAAGCUAAACUCGCGACCUGUUUUCUACUAUAUGUGCCAGGCCACAAUAAAGGCCGGACUUCUAAUGUAAGUGAGAUUUUCAUAUAUUGAAAUGCGGCUUUUCGCCCAUCAUAAUGGCGAUAGCAAAGUGAAUCGCUUGCUUGCUGCAGAACAAACAAAAUGUUAUGGGCAAAAAAUGUAUGCGCGUGUAGUGAAGUAGGUUAAUAUGCAGGCCGGGAAUGGUAGGUCCGGCGGGUGUGCUGAUGGGGUCUGGAUUAUGGUGUCUUACUGGAGGUGCAUAUGGCCGAAUAGGCCCAUACGAGUAUCGAUAGUCCUGAGACAGCGUAGACAGGUGGGACGUGUAUAAACGGUGUUUCUAGGGACUCCUUGCAUUGCUUCUCCGGUCUCAACGACCGACCAGGUCAAUGUUUGACGUGAGCGUGCGAUCGCAAGGCAGGUAGGUUGGAGCUACUUUCAUAUAACUGAUAGUGAGGGCAACAGUGGUAAUGCUUUGCACGAUGGUACGUGUCUUCACUGGGGAUGCUGAUGGUAAGGGUAUUGGUUGCGUUUUGCUUGCUGAGAGACAGGUUGUUCGUGUUUGUGUUACACUGGUUUGGCAGAUGUCCAACAUGACCGACCCUUGCCCGGAAUGUCUGUUGACAGUAUAGACACGGUGCAUGCAUGCGUCAUUUAUCUGUGACACUGGCACUUUUUAGGCCUCUUACAACAGUGCGCAGGGCCUCCAAAUCUUACUGGUCACUGUGCCCUAACUCGUUCAUGCCACGAGAGUUUUGCAUUCAGUCUCAUAUCUGGCUGACGACGGCUAAUAAGCCAGAAGUGAUCAUUUCAGUCUCCCUUAUCUUUGUCGGUAAUACUAUUCUGCCUAUAUCACGCAUCGUGGUGUGGCAGCUGGCGGGCUCGAGAGAGAGCCACAAGGCCCAAAGGGACGAGUGAAAUCCGUAGCACGAUCGGUGAGCGCCCUCCUACCAGUUUUAUGUCUUCCGGUAUGAUCUUCUGACGGUAUACCAUGUUCCCACCACCUUUUUCGGACUUAAUGCUCCAUAGGUGGACAGUUUUUAUCAUCAUGAAUCGUUGACGGGGAAGGGGAAAUUUUUUUGGUUCUUGCUCAAAAUAAGAGAGAUCGUUUGGCGGAACCGCUAUUAUCAUUGUCUGAACUUUCGGAUUCAUGCAGGAUUCCAUCCUGGGAACUUUUGUGAUGCCGCCACGUGUGGAGCUGCGUGCAUUCUUGACUAGAAACGGGAUCACAUCCUCUGACAACGGGGGCGCAACGCCUUUUGGACUCGAAACAGGCAAAUUUGCCGCGUUAUUAAGCUGCUGUUAGUUGUACAAGCACCAUGUGGCGUUUGCCACGUCUUUUCGUCGACCCUCAACAUUAUCCCUGUGAUCAUUAAUCCAGUUUCACGGGGUUCCCCCGAGUGUGAAGGGGAACUUGCGGCAACUGUCCACCCCCUCCGCGUCGCUAGUUUGUGCUGUUAUAUUCGGAAUUUCAGGUUUUAUGCUGUCCGGUGCGCAUAAUUGCGAAUAAAUUCACAGCGCGAAACCAUAUAAGCACCAUAAGUCCGCCUGCUUUCUGUUUGUAUGUGGCCAAUGGAGACCUGUUGCACAUAAUGGCUUCUAGUUUAUUCACAGCUGUUUUGGCAGAUUUAUUGUCGAGAGCGACUCCAUGCUCCACAGCGGCGUAUUUUGUUGUCUUCGGGGACUUCCGACGAACGGUACGAGUUCUCACGCAUGCUUCGUAAUUAACUUUUUCGGUGCCCGAGCACUGUAUCACCGAACGUUUUACAUUUUCAAAGCGUCUGUGAUAAGCACGAGCAUGCAUUCCCAUAGGCCAAAGAGGAGAUAAACGUCCGCUGAUAACUAGUUAAGAUUGUUAUAUGGGCCUCCGAAUGAUGUAAGAAGGCGAACCAUCGUUCUGCUGCGUUGUUAUAUUAAGAGUGGCGCCGCCGAAAAAAGCCGGCUUUAUCACGCUCUGUCAGUCACGCCAUCCAACCCAUUCACUUUCUCCCCAACAUUACACAGAUUUUGUCAAUUCCCAACAUCUUUGUUGCCCACUUCGUUUACGGUUGAAUAGCAUCCAUCUCAGAAGUAGGUGCCUAAGACGCGUCCCUUUAUAUAAAUUUAUGCGCACUGCAUUGCUGGCGCAACGCCACAUGCCUGAACAUGCACAUCUCACGUAAGUUAGAAGCAUGUCUUUUGAUGUAUGCUGGUAAACUAAGUGAUCAGGUCGUGUGUGACACACGCAGACGGGUCAUCUAGCUCUGUCAGCUUCUGCUCCCAAUUUCAUCACCAACUGGUCGACAGGCCCGGACAGUCGACUGGGAAGAGAAAGUGAAACCGACACUGGAAUCCAUCCCCACACGAAGUCAGUUCAUUCCUCUCUGCGGUAGCUUAUGACGCACUAAAAGUCGUGGCUUGGGGGAUUUUCAAUGGAUGAGAUAACUUGGUCUUCGUGGUUAGUACUGUUUGCAUAUGGAGUUCGUGACUCGAGGAUUGAGAGCCAAGCUCUAUGACUCCUUCCUAAUGAUACUCAUUAGAGUCAGGUCCGGGGCGUUUCCUUGUUUGUGAAAACUCCGUACAUCGGUGCCUGGACCGGGUUGUUUGGCCAUGUUGGCCACUCUGCUCGAGCCCGCCUCCGGUCGUCUUGACGUUGUCCUACCAUCGGAGUCUGGCGGUUAAGGAAGAAGGGAAUGCGGCAGAUAUCGCGCAAGUUCGUCUCACCAUGAACUCAUUCACGCAAUCGUCAAUUGCGCUUCGCCCACUGCAUAAGGCACAGCGCUGAGUUCGGUCAAACGUUCACUGUUGCACUGUACUUUAUACUGUAGUUGAGUUAUUUUAACCGACGAAUUACGGUUCACUCUAAAACCCGGAGAUGAACAAAUUAAAAUUUGGCAGACAACCGGCGAAGUUUUGCUAGGAGAUUCGUUCUUCCCAUCGCCCGGGGUGCUGGGAGGUCACUGCACUUGUGUUAGGACAGUGCACGGAAAGGAUAAAAGGAAGUUCGGGAUCCGACGUAGAAAUGUCAGUGGUAAACAAUAGCUUCGGGCACUGGGAGAAUAGGACUACAGAAGUCUUACUGCAGGAUGAUAACGUGGCUCAUCAUCACUACUGAGUCUUGCUGAAGCCUCUGAAGAGAUUAACAGGAUGCGAAUCCUUCCUUGCCCGGCGCAUCCCAUAGUCCUGAAUUUAAAUGACCACACAUACGACCAUUUAGAAGGAAAAAUUAAUUGGCUGGGGUUCCUGUACACCCUGAGAUGGCUGAAACUUGAUUUGAACCAAAUCUAGGACAAGAUACUUAUUGCUUUUCUCCCAUAACCGGACACCCCAACAUCCCAUGCCAUGGAGUAAUGGCCAAGUGAUAGCCACACGCGGUAGAACUAUGAGGUAUUGAGGUGAAUGUGUGAGAAUCGUACAUUCUAUGACAAAUAUAGUCGAGGCAGCCGUUUCUUUUUGCAUUUGGAUUUCGCAUCUUAACUGAUAGGAAAUUGUUUCGUUAUGUAUGCAUAUUUAGAGGCACAGCCUCAGUUUAUUUAAAAGGGGGACGCUUUGACGAUAUCUCCCUCAUGAAGCACCACAUUAGUUGACUUCUGAUUGUUUAAGAGCAUCCAGCAGACUUGCAACGUAAGAAUAGGCCAGUUCACCUUGAGGGCUUUUCGAAGUCGUGUUGAUUGCUUUAAACCAGAGACAUGAUCGAUCGAAAAAAACUACGUUAAGGCCGGCGUGACCAUCCUCGAUUAACGUACUUCAAGAGAAGUAGUGAUAUUUAUCUCUGUUAACACUUUUGAACGUCCUUCUCUUUCGUCUUGCCCCUAAACGGAAUUUAAAGUCUACGUUGUAUUUUCAGGUUCAUUUCACAUGUUUAAUUUUUUAAGAAUUAAUUUUCUGCGCAUUAUAUGCUGCAACCGGUUUUCGAUGGGGUUUAUGAAAUCUGUCUCCUGCAUAGUCUCAAAAUUUAGCAUGAUAGCCUUGCUGUUUUACAUGUUCACACGUCUGUGUGUAAUCCGUCCGUGGUAAGUUUUCGCCGUCCGUUAUAUAUUACCCUUAAUGUUUUGUGAUUUCCUCCGAUUACGACUCGAUCUAAGGUUAGCCCGUCACGGUGUCUGAUUUGACGGAAGUUUAUGUACCAGGCUCGUAGGAGUUGAAAUCCAAUUUAAGCAAUCCAUUCUAUAUGGAAGAGUCGCUCACCGACAUAAUUCCACUGCGGAAGCGCUCAUCAUGCUGUGCCCUGGGAGCUCAACCUAGAGCCAUACGGGAGGUCACACAUAACAGGAAGUAAUGAUGCAAAGUGAAUACCUUCAAAUGUAAGACAGACUGAUGCCUAUUUCUCACUUGGUAAUCGGGGCCUAAUCAUGUAGCAUUCGGUUUAACCUGUGGUUAUUCAGUCGUUCUAGUUUUGCCUCAGUUUGUCCAAAUCUAUAAUUGGAGUGUGAAUGACUGGCGACAACCAGAAAUGAACAUCCCAGUCCCUGCUGUCUUUUUCGGUAUCUAUCUUCUGUUUUUAAGGGUUUUUGUUAGUAUUUCACGGGUUUUACCUCCUCUUAGACCUCAGGACAAGUCAUAUGUCUUCGCCUGUUACACGCUGUGCACUUUUUACUUUACGCUUCCCUCCUGCAUGCCAUCGUUUUAGGCACAUCAGAUUCCACCGGACCUGGUGGCUCGAUUGGUGGGCAAUCGGGUGACGGCCUCACCCAUUGUCACCGUCGAGCCGCGUCGUCGUAAGUUCCACAAGCCAAUUACCCUCACCAUACCCCUACCGCGGUCGGCCCUGGCUGGUAAGCCGGGUGACAUGAACUCACUACGUUUGCUCUGCAGCAUCACAGGCGGUACCACACCGGCCGUGUGGGAGGACAUUACGGGCACUACGCCUUUGUCACGUGUCAAGGACUGUGUCUCUUUUACUAGCACUGUCUCUGCUAGGUAAGCCCUCAUCAUUCUACUUACCCUCUUUCCCAACUUUACAGCUUUUCCGUCGCCUUUAUUAGGGUAGGGAGUGGGAAAAACGGAAUCGACUAAUGUACUUUGUCAAUCUACAGGACUUUUAAGUUGGUAAUUUGAAGCUGUAAGAUGCGCGCAAAUUGCUAACUCUCCGCUUUGCCUUCGAGAAUUGUUUACCUGCGAUCGGUAGUUCUGUUAUCUCACGAGUGAUGGUGGUCCUGCCGUAUUUAUGGCGGCUAGCCUCUAGUAGAGAAGGCAACGCGCCUAUGGUAAUUUGCAAUGAUACGAGUUAUCGAGAAAAAUAUGGGAAAUUGGGAAAACUACGCAGUCAGAAAUCGAAGUACAUACAGAGAGUGCGACAGAUAUUUGGCAUAGCAUGUAAUUUCAGCAGGCAGGUGAUUUCUCAGGGCAGUCCAUGAGACGUGUGGUACUGACAAAUGCGAAAAACGUUUGCUGCACGUGUGGACCAGUCCCCCCUCCUUCCUUCGGAUUCGCUUGCCAGUCGUGCGAAUUAACCGUUUUUUCGCCUUUAUUGACUCGCAAAUCGGGCCUCUUUUCGGUUUGAGCGCCGUUUCUGCCGAUAAUACAAGACAGGUUUAGUACAAGCGAAAGACCAUCGUUACGACGGACUCCCGCCAGUCUGUAAUCGAAAUAAUUGGGAUAUUACUGAAGGCAUCUUGCUGGAACUAGGCCUGAGUGUCGGUUAAUCCUCACACCAGGCAUGCGUAGCUGUCAUAACUCAUAGGUAGAGUACCUGGUGCGAAGUAGUGGGGAGUUGGACUCUUAUAGCUGAGUGUUUCUGUUCUUCGUAGUCGGUUUUAAUGAGAAUGUCCCACUUUCGUAGUGGAAACUGCUCUUAUAUCAAGCCCUAUCUGACAGACUGAGUGAGGCGAAGCCUUUGAAUGAAGACAUUGAAUAAACAGGAAUGGUACAGGGACAACAGAAGGAAUAUGAAGGAUACAUUGAGUUACUCGGAAAUGCCCUUCAUGCUAAAGUUAGGACUACUGCUUAGAACUCAGACUGACUGGUUUGUGAAGGUUGUUAGAAAGAUACUCAGCACAGAAUAAACUAUGGGAAUUGGAUGAUAUGACAGCACUAAUGUUUCGUAAAUAGUUACAGUCUAUGCAGAAUUCGUGUCAUGAUGUUUUUAGAAGAAACACCAGGCCUACAUCCAGCAUAUUGCACGGGGGACAAUUUUAGGGCAACCAUGCAGGGACAUCAUUAAAGUCGUCUGACUAAGAGCAGUGUCAUCAACAUAUCUGCACUCUAGUCGGUCAGGCGGUGAGCUAUGGUCGUCAGCCUAAAUGUCCAAUAAGUAGGGAAUAUUAUGACGCAUAAGCUGAUAUCGUACUUGUCGUCAUGAGGGAUCGACUUUAAUUUGACCGAUCUUCAAAAGUCCGUUUAGGAGUUUACGAGUCAAUAUUUUACUCCAUCGGGAGAAUCAGUUCCUGACAAAUAGCUCAUGCCUAUCUUCACACACACACACACGCACACACAUUGAUCAUCGUUUAAAUCCUCGGUAUCCUCUUCCCAUAUUCUCGGUAACAAAUAGAGUCACCUUUUCGGACCACUUGAACUUCGGUGCCGUUUUAGUCGUAUGGUCCCUGAGUUUGGUCAAACAUGUCACACAGAAAUGACGCUCAUUUGUUUACAAAACUUAAUACGUGCUUCCCUUUUCUCUUCAAGGCCCUGGGUUGAGUCCUGAUAGGUAGUCAAGUUGGGUCAGACGAAAUGACUAGCUUACGCAAUUAAGCAUUUCGUGCCAUUGUCAAUAAAACUAUCAACCACUACCGCUGGACAUCAAAUGGUAUUCUGUUGCAGUCGUAUGACUUGGAAGGAGUAAGAAUGGCAUGCGCAGCAUUGACCUCACUCUCUUCCCUCACUCAUUGUUUUCCAAUGUCAGAACAAGGUGUAGGAAUUUAUCCCAUUCUUUCCGAUGGCACAUUCAUACUGGUCCCACAGCUGGCACUAACCAAAUUUCACUCAACGAGAUGUUAUAUCAGUGUGAGUUUCGCUAAGGCCGUGUUAAGGUAGAGCUAUUGCAGCCCGAGAACAAAGUUGCCUCAUCAGUUAGUAGUUUGAUAAAUGCGCUUGCGCUCCCGCUGGACAAAAGGGUCGUGAGCAUGGCUGCCCAGUCAUCAUCGUCUUUCUGACCCGUUGUGGUGCUGUUGUUGGUUAGAAUCCCAGUCAAUUAGUUGUUAUGAACCAGGGGGUGUGGUAGUACGCCUAUGCGCGGGGUUGGCCUUGUCAACCACCUGCGCCCUCCCUCACCCACGGUCUUCUUGACUAUGCAACAGGUGCUGUGCUAGUCCACUCUUACUUUAAACUAAUUCACGCGCAAGUCACCUUGCCUGCUCCACCCUGUUGUGGAGCGCACGGUUGACAUCGUCGGACAUGACGGUCGAACUGCUGGGGUAACGGUAGGGUGAGGGACAAAAUCCUCUCCUGCAUCUCCUGCUGCUGUUAUUUUAAUUGUGCCACAUUCCCACCCAUACCUGUGCGCAUAGCUCACUCUGUGGUUUAUUUGCGGUCAAUGCGGUUAAUUCGUCGAGCGCGACGGUUCGCUACGUUACCGACUUACUGGUGACUUCCAUUUACGGAUUGGGUUACCUGUGCGGCACAUUUUCUCUUCUCUGCUUAUUUUGUGUGUCACCGCCCCCCUCAUCUUUUUCUUCCGUUCCGUUUCGUUCGCUCGGUAUGCCUUCACUUUCACUCGCCUUUGAAGACGCAAGCAGGCUCGUACGAUGUUGCUUUAAGGUUGUACUGUUCAUUUGGUCAAUCUGUCGCGUUCGGAUGGGAGACGGAAGGGCCAUCUUACUGUUUGCCGUUCCGGCUGCACAUGAUCUCAUGCUUGCUUUAUUCCGGAAAGCCGCUUCUGUCGCACGCGUCAUUGACACACAGUUGCGUGUGACUCAAUGGCUUCACUAUUUGAGGGGCCAAGUUUAUCCAGUGCACCCUGCCAAUAAUGAAGCGUUUGUCUGUAAACGGUGACCUUCUUGAAAGCGUCUAAAUGGUUUUUCGUCAAUGCUGUCUUUCUCAGAUUCUGGUUGAUCGUCUGCCCGGAAGUGGCUGCAACGGUACAGGUCGCGAUGCGUCUCUACGAUGAGGUCGCUUCGGUGCCCUACAUGGGAAAGUUCAUAGUCUUUGCAAAACGACCGGAAAUUGACGAGGCCCUUAUUCGCUGCUUCUGCAUUACCGACGACAAGGUUGACAAGGCAAGUCUGUGUUCUUGCGUGUUUCAUCCUCUGUCCCUUUUCCCUCGUAAGGCGAAAUGCCUGGAAUAUACGUUGAGGUUUAGGAUAAAGACUUUCCAAUCUCUUCUGGGCACUAAUUUUUCCGACCGGACUAAUCUUAUCAGCCUUUCCUAUGAGAUUCCGCUUUUGUUCGCUCUGAACCCCGUAGUUCCUUUCCCCCCUCACCAUACAGACUCUGGAGUGCCAGGAAGGCUUCGACCUCGUGGCAACUAGUAGCGAAGUCGAGGUGAUCGAUAAUCAGCCUACUUGGCUGGAGGCCAGUGGCAACUUAGCACCAGUCGUGAAGGCGGAUGACCAGCUGCGCUUGCACUUCAAUGCCUUCCGCGAAAAUCGACUCGCUUUUCCGGUGCGCAUUCGGGACGUGGAUUUAGAGCCCACAGGCAAACUCGCCUUCUUACGAGACCCGCGGCCAGGCACUGAUGCUAAAGCGAAUCCCCUCUUACCGGUGAGCAGUUUUUCAGCUCCAUCCCAAAAUUCGAGAAUGUGUAUAUAACUGUUCCAAGAGCUCGCGUUUCAGUCUUCAUUUAUUCAAUUACCUGAAUCUUGCGUAUUUACCACCAACACAAUGCACGAACUUUAACCUGCCUGAUUGUCGCUGGCUGCUCUAGACCUCCCUGUUCAUAUAUGCAUGUAGAGGCAGAUUUUCCAGUUUGACCACGAUAAACUUCAUUGCAGAUGCCGUAUGGUAUCUUAUAGGCGACUUCUUAUAUAAAUUGCCAAUCCUAUCCUUAGGGUGUACAAGCUAAUUGCGAAGUGUAGUCGUCGGUUUGUGCGCCACGCGUAUUUGGUGCUUCCUCAGGUGUCUUUUAUAAGUUCGGAUACAUUCAUAAUGUACGGAAGUGUUCGCCAGUUUUUGGUUUAGGCGCCUGGUCAGAACAGUCUUAUUCUUCUUCCUUUAACUCCUGUUGUCUCGUGCAUCAAUGUACCAAAUAUCUAGGAUACUCAUUCUGUAGAAACAGUUUGAACAAAUAAUUCAGUGCUGUUUGGUAAUUUUCAUUGGCAGAGCAGUGAGUUUUUGCUCGACUAAGGAGGCUGCUCACGAUACUCCGUUUGUGAGAGAUCUGGUGAUUGCUCUCGUAUUAUAAAAGAACUUCGCAUAGGUUUCCUUGCUGUAAACUAAUGUGUGAAUUUUCCCGUCAGUCUUUCUCCAUACGAGGAGUUUGUUGCCAACCUCUUUUUCGAGUGUAAAUGGGAUUUCUGGAAGCGUUAAGUUGAUAAUGCUGUGGAACAUUUCCAGUUGAUCUUUUUUAACAUCAACGAAAGUGUCACCACAACGUACUCAUAACCUUGGGUUAGCUAAUGGUAGGGGGAUAGUUCCUGAUUUUUGCAUGGUGACAUCUGCCAGAAAGCCAGAAAUGGGUGAUCCCAUAGGACUUUCCUUCAGUUGUUGGUAGUCUUCCUGCGCAAACGAGAAGUUAUUUUCCAAACGUAGGUCAGGAAUUCUAGCAAAGCAGAUGCAGAAAUGUUGGUGUCGUAGGACUGGAGACGUUUUUCUGUGCAUUGUCUUGUCAAAUAGGUUAUUUGAGAAAAAUAGCGAACUUUAUUAGUUGGUUGCUUAGGUCGUCGUCAGACUUGAGCAAAUGUGCAAAAAGCAAGUAAAACUUCAAACGUGCUGAAAAAUUAAAAUUCAUUUGUUAUUUGCGCCAGCAAGCGACCGCCGUGUGCGCCAUUUUGCAUUGAUUGGCUCUCGUCUUUCCUGCCUUUCCCUGAAACUUUCAUGCAUGGCAUCUAACUCAAUGUGCCGUUUGAUGUGUGACCCAUCGGAGUACAUGGCUUCAAAAAACUCGGCCUUUUUGGAGAGGCAAACUCCGACGAUGCAAGUUUUGUCCCGUGCGAAGGUGUGCCUAGUACCGAGGAUGCGCAUGUCCAUUUGAGACAGAUGGUCUCGCCUCUUAACUGCCAGUCGAUGUGCGUGGAUGCGUGUAGAGGCGAAUUUUCCCGUUUGGCCACAAUAUACGACAUCGCACGCAUCGCGUGGGAUCUUAUAGACGACGUACUUCUUAGUAAAAUAGACAACCCUAUCCUUAGGGUGUACAAGCUGAGUGCAUAACCCAUUCGUCGGGUUGUACACCAUUUUUCAUCGAGUUCAGACGCAUUCUUAAUGUAAGGAAGGAUUCGCCAAGUAUUUGCUUGGGGCUCUUGAUUGGAACUAUCUACUUCGUUGCUUUUAACUCUUGCUGUCUCAUGCAUUUACGUACGAAAUCUUUAGGGUAACCGCAACAUCAUCAACUCAACCAUUCCGGAAUUAAAUUCACACUCGAAAAAUAAGCUGACAAUAAACUCGCAUUUAUGGAUGUUCUUCUACAGCGAAAGAUUGACAGAACAUUACACACACCCUUUUACCGCAAAGAAACAUAUGCGUGAGUAGUUUUACGCUACGAGAGCAACAGCCCUAUCUCUCGCAAACGAAGUACUGUCCAAAGUCCUCUACAUCGUGCAAAAAUGCAUUUGUCGGGCAACGAAACUACUAAGUUAAACGAAAUUACCUGCUUGAAUUAUUUCCCCAAAACGGUUACCCUAGAGAUUUCCUAUGUCGAUACAUGAGACAGCAAUAGAUAAAAACACAGGAACUGGGUAGUUCCAGUCGAGCACGCAAAGUAAAUUCCUGGCGAAUCCUUCCUUACAUUAGGAAUGUGUCCUAACUGGUCGAAAGACACUUGAGGAAACGGCAAAUAAAAGCCGCGCACAACCGCCGACUACUUUACGCACUCAGCUUGUAUACCCACUCAGCCCUGUGAAUACGCAUACCCGAACUGCAAGGAAAAGUCGUUGGAAUCCUUGCUGUCGUUCACACUCCGUCGAGAAAUUCCCUAUUGUGAAUUGUGUAUUGCGAAAAGGAUGUAUCUUGGAAUCAGUGACAAUGUGCAUUACGCCGUUUGCUUCUGAACACUACAAAAAGUACUAAAACUCGUGAAAUAUCGACUUAAAUCGUGGUACAUACCACCAAUGGGGAAAGUUUACUUAAGUUAGGUUGCGAUGCCGUUAACCGCGAAGUAUAAUCCCAAGUCAUUUCCAUGCGCCACUACGGUCUGUCUAUAACGGCAACAAAUCUUAGGGCGGAUUAUGAAAAUGACGGAAUAACUGCGCCGGAAAGCGCUUGUUGAUGAACGGAGUAGAACCGACGUCCCGCGAAUACGAGUUGGGAGUUCAGCCCCUGAACUUCCACAGCAAAAUUGUCAGGCCCGAAAGGGGGUGCGCCACGGCAUUCCCACACAGCGACAGUAAUGCCAAUAUCCCCAUAAUUCUAGCAAAAUUAAUCAAUAAAUGUGAGAUCUGAUAGGAAAGGUUGGAAACUCGGAUAUUUUGAAUGCAAGACGCAGAAUCACCCUUCUGGCUGAUAAGACAUGAACUGUUUGUAAACACGUAAUGAGCGAAAAUUCGCAAGAACCGGCAAACUUUCGUAGAUGCGUUAUUAGAGCAUUCAGGGAAUUCUUCAUAAUUCGUUGGUACAACGCCAGAACUGCUGAGAAGGCUUGGCAUAGUGGUACAAACUUCCUGCUGGACACAGGAAAAAGCAUACUUUAACCAGCCUGAAGUUUCAGCCCGAGUUUAAUUGAUUAUUUAGUCAAAUUCUAUAUCACCCGAACCACGCGCAGUCAACCUGUCAGUUGCAGUUGGGAAUAUAAAAGUAUGUAAUGCCAAAGUAUUCUCACAUCAGUCAAUUUUGUCCAUGUGCUAUAGUUGAGGUCCGGAUUUUAUGUAUUCACUGAACUGCAAAGCAUUGCGUCUGUAAUGCAAACUAUAAGUAAAAAGAGAAACAAGUUUAUGCUGUCGCAGAAGUUAAAAGUUUGACCAGUGGCAAGUAGGUACGUGUGGCGGUAGGCCCACCAGCUAACUCAAAGGGCGUUCUGGGAGUUCCCUGCAUGGCUGCUUAAUAAGCUUAAAGUGACCAUUCAAGCCUCUCUUCUUAAUAUUUUUCAAAAGCAUCAAUAGUCAUUGCUCAACUGUUUACUCUGUUUGUUUCUUUCCCCUAUUCAGGAUGAUUCGGCUACGCAGAUUGAGCCCCCUCCAGUAAGAUCAAUCUGUGGCCUGGAGGUUAAAAUUCCCACCGACCUAGAACAUCAGCACCUUGCUUUGCAGUUCACAGGUCCCGCAGUAGGUUCAGGUGGGGACGUGCCGAACGAAACGAUUGGAGCAACCUCCGUCGGUCGUGUCUCCGUUGUUUCGUUGUCCUGCAGUCAGCCUCAUCAGUACGAACAUGUUACACAAAAACAACCAAAUUUCGACUCCCACGGUCGUGAUCUGUCUGUCCCUCCGCCUAGUUGGGUAGCCGGUGUGUCCUGUGCUCCUUGCCUUCCUUAUAUGCACCAUCCUUGAACAAACUACGACACCCUUCCGGUGGAUUUCUACCCUCCAUCUUUAUGUUGAUGGCCUUUCUUACUUUUCUGUUUCCUUCCGUCUCCAGCUCUAGGUGAGGACGCCAUCGCCAGGACCCACCUAGAUCUGAUUGAAGUCGCCACUGCAGUUGGUGCUGAUUGGCCCAAACUUGUGAUGACCCUCUUCGCCAUCGACUCCACCGAAUUGCCUCCGUCCGCGGACAAUCUGGCUGAUUGGCUUAUGCGCCAUUGCACUAGUGCUGACACUGCUGCCGCCGCCGGCCUAAACAAUAACGAAUUACGCAGUGACCGUGAUCGCGCCCUGGCUAUCCUCAUUGCUUGGAAAACUGAGGCUGGCGACGCUGCGACCGGUUAGCGCGAAUUUUUUGCACAAUGUUGCUUACUCGCUCAUUUCCUAUAGAAAAUUGAUGGUUGGUUGUUUUUUACUGCAGGAAAUGAACUAGACAACGCUUUGAGGCGUAUUGGCCGCGAGGACAUUGUGAAGACAUGCAUGCGUGACAUUCUUCCAGUCCUGGAAACUGGGGAGCUUGAACAGGCCGCCCAACAGAUUGACGGUCCAUGCACCUGGAAUCCCGAACGUAUGGUGAGCCAGGAAGUCGUUGACACAGCCUCAGAGAUGCCCUCGUCAGGGCAACUGGAGUCAGGCCAGAUGGAAUCAACGCCAGACUUCGUGGGAGAUCGGGCACGUGAGGUGGUAGAAUUCAGUGGUGCGGCAAUGGUCUCUCCGGAGCCCACCCUCACCACAACUACUUUGGAACCCAGCAUUCCGGAGACUGAUCUGGCCGUUGAUGAGGCUACCUUCCCAAAAUCCGAGGCAGUAGCUGCGGAGCAUACGGAGAUAAUCGAACAACAACCUAUCGAGAAUUCCGUCAUGGAGGCUGUAGAGCAAACACCCGUAAACCUCGUUACUCGGGAGGAACCGUUUCUCAUUGUAAGUGGCUCUCCUUUUUGUCACACAUCCGAGCGAUGAGUAUGGAGAGAAUGGCGCCGUCGUCCUCAUUGAAAUGAUAUUGUCCUACCUAGGGAAAUACUGUACGUGGCCAAACUUACAAAACACUGAAACUCAGUUGAAAAAUCAUUUAUGUGAGAUUGCGAUGAUAGUGACUAUCACGAACAUGCUCCCAGACCAUUGAUAAACACCAGUCGGGCAUUUCCCCGUGCAUUUGUAAAAAUUUCACUCCCCAGGAAACGCCCACCGAAGGGGCGUGCGUUUUUCGCUGAUGCCCGGUGUCCGCAUAAAUACAGUCGUAUCUCAUCAAACGGAUACGCAAACACGGGCUCGACUGCCGACGCUCGCGGAGAGAGAAGGCGCUGACCGAAUGCCACGUGACCGGCGUGGCACGCUCUCACGGCCGCACUUGCGAGGCCGGAAACCACGCCUGAGGAACAACGAUCGAUCAGCCCACGUCAGACGAGGGGGAGGCGUCAGGGGGGGGGGAGGGAGGGGGAGCACGCCGACGCAGCGGCAACCACUUCAGGCGUGAGGGGGACACAAGCCACGCCAGUCCGACAAUGGCUGGGAUCAGGGAGGCGACAAUCAGCCAACGGAAAACAGGCUAGCCAACGAACGUGCGCUGGGCACGGUUGUAAUACGAGGCAGGCGGCAAGACUGAACAGAUCAAGGCCAGCAGGAAACGCCAGCGAACGACUCUGAUGAUGGAAACGAGUUCCCGAAACGUCAGUUUGAAUACAACCUGGUCCAUGAACUGGCUUUCUCUUCUUCGUCUUCCUCGGGGGAUGAUAUACACGGAAACAUUUGUUUUUAUGCCCGUGUUGUAGAAAAUCAUGUCUUUCUCAAAUUUUUUCCAAAGGGUGCAGUAGGUGUGCUAACUCAUGAAAUGUCAACCGGAAUUCCGAAAUACGUUUUCGUUUCGAAGAUAUUAAUUAAGUAGGGCUGUAAAACUAAUCAUCGCGCAGCAUAAUUCUAUAAUAAUCCAGUUACCACAUGAUACCCGCUUCCGAACAUACUCCUUUCCGACAGCAUGCAAAAACUGUGCUCUGUAAAAAAAAUAACUACUUGAUUCUCACGCAUUUUCUCAUUGAUUUUGGGUGUUUUUAAAAAUUCAAUCAUAUUUCACAGAAAACAUGCAUAAAAAUAUUCAUUCUUCUGCUCAUUCGGUAGAAGAUGGCGUCUUUUUCCAAUUAUAUACUCAAGGGAAAGGUAUAAAUUGGUUUUAAAUAAUUUUCUAAUUGUGCGAUUUUUAAUACCGUGAAAUAGCCGUUCAUAAAACGUCAUGUCUCUACAUUUACCAAUGUGGCAUGUAAAGUAAGCAACAUGGCUCGAAACCACUGGUGAAUUUUACGAACCUCAUAUGGUCUCCUCUUAAUACCUUGGAGAAGCGUAUAGUUUUUUGUGCGCAGAAAACAUACGGCUUGUAGAUUGAAAACCCCGAAUGCAAGUGUAACGUCAGGUCGGGUUCAAAAUCAUUCGGGAAUUGGAUAAGUUUUUUAAAAACCGAAUUCUACCCUUCCUUCGAGUACAAAAUUGGAAGCAGACGUAAUUUAGGCAGAAUGGUAUUACCGACAAAGAUGUGGAAGACGUAAUUGCCUACCGAAUGAGCAAAAGAAUGAAUAUUAUAGAAUUAUGCCGCACGGUAAUUAAUUUUACAACCCUGUUUAGAUAAUCUUUUCGAAGCAAAGACGCAUUUCGGAAUUUCGGUUGACAUUUCAUGAGUUAGCCCACCUACUGUACGUGCACACAUGACCGAGCAAAACCAUGCAGUUCAUCUGCAGUUGUUUUCGAGGCUCCGGGCUUGGUUCUCCAGUCGUAAUGCGACGAACUCGCAGGUGUUUAGUCGGAUCAAAGUUUGUCAAGAUUGUGCGCUCUCAAACGUAACUACGGCCACUCAUUGUUAUUGGUUACCACCAUUGUUAAUUAAGCCAUAGACCGAACCUGUUUUCAGUGCCAGUGUCGCUGUUACCGCAGCACUGGUCUCUCGGCUACCGUAAUUGCCCACUUAACAUCAUGAUCGUUAUGCUUAGCAUUUCUGUCGGGAGAAGUGGUGCCUCUCAUUGACGACUGCUAAAUCCGUCAUUAUCAUUGCCUUCAAAUCGAAUAACUUUGUCAUUCAGUUACUGAACUUAUUUACUUCUUGAUUUUAAUAUGUAACAACUUUUUUAUAGGUGUAUAUCCUAGAAAAUAUGAAAACUCUCUUAUUCCGACUUAGUCUAACUGCUGAUCUCCCGAAUUUGUACCGGGUUCUUCACUGUUGAGGUGCGACCGAGGCAUCUCUUAUGGAAAUUAAUAAUGUCCUUUUAUCUCGGAUUCGUAGGGCAAACCUCUUAGAUACAGAGCAUAUCUCACGACUACUAGUUUUCCGGCUGUGCGACCUUCCUUAUUUCAUGAAGUCUCCAUCAAGAAAAUAGUUGUUAUGGCCUUUGUUAUUUCCUGCUCUGUUCAGGGUAUCGAGGUUAUAACCGCUAUCACUAUACCUUGUUUGGCUGGCCGGCAAUUUUCACUAAUUUCCUAAUGAUAGAAGUUCCCAGGCCGCGCUAUUGUGGGCGCCUUGCUACUUUUAAUUCCAAUAAACUCAUUUAUGUAUGAUUUACCUACACGAAACCGAAAUCUCAUGUCCACUCCUCCCGCUUUAGCAUGCUGUACCGGAUACCUUUACAAUUGAGUCUGGAUUCAUGCAGUCCGAACAGAAGGAACCACAACUUGCUUCCGCGGAGGGCACCGGAGACUGGACCCAGGAGGAUGUGAGUGCAAUCGACGAAUUUGAGGCACCCCCAAAUCAAGUCGGGGUGAGUGAGACGGAGGAGACAGAGGAUCAUCUGCAGGCAACCUAUAACCAGGCGGUUGCCAUGACAACCGACACCCGUGACGCCCAUCACGGCCUCCAAGUUGUCAGCCCUGACGACCAAACAGUCGAGGGCCACCUCGAAGUCAACGAAAGCCAGAUCGUUACAGGAGGCGUCAUCCACGAUGCACACCAUGGCGUUCAGUCUCAAGAAUCUGUUGAAAACCACAGUCCAGAGGAUCAACCUUGA